AAUGUUGUGUCAGGAAUUCAGGUUCCGUCGAGGAAGGAGGUGCUCACCACAGGUAGGGGUAUUCUAGCGAGUGUUAUAGUCAGUGGUAUGAGGUACCUCAUCGUUAAUGUGAAACAUGAUCGUUCAGUGUAUGCUAGCCUGCAUUUUUGAAGAAAUCCUGCAUACACAUUAUCAAGGUGUUGAUGACGAAAGCAUUGCAGAAACGUUCCAUUUUCUCUUUACCUUGCCGACGAACCUCUGGGAUGUUGGCAGCCCUUCGAUUUUUUAGAUGAUUCUGUUGCCGGAAGAUGUGUAAGAAAAGCCAGUUAUGUUUGAGGAGUGCUUUGUAGAAAGAUUUUCCGAAGUCAGUUUAUCUCGGACAUGCCGGGAAGGGUCGUGAUAUUUCUGACGCAUCGUGUUCUCACAUUUUACGGUAUUUUCGGUUUUCCGGCGCAUGAGAAUUGUUAUAGGUCUGGUUCCUUGAAUUAUGAAUCAUUUUUCAGCAGAUAGCAGUGUGUUGAAAGAUGCCGCUUUCUCAUGGCCAUGCCCCGUCGCGACACUCGAUUUCCACAAUCGGGACCCAGAGUUUGCACUCUCUAUAUUCAACGAGGAGCAGCAGGACAGUCAAAUCUUCUAAGUUGGACAAAUGGAAACGGCCCUUGAUUGACCCUGACAUCUUCGAUUUGCAGAAAGGCGCUUGGAUCAUGGGCUUAUUUUCCCUGUUUUUGAGCAUGUUCACGGUGGCUACUGCCAUUUUCGACAUCUACUGCUUGGCAAUGGCCGAACCCGGGACAAGUCACUAUGGUUACUACAUUAUCAGCUUUGAGUUCGUCUAUGCUGGCAAUCCGAACGUUCGGAACAGCCUUAUCGUGUUUGCCCUGUUCAGCCUGUUGCUCGGCGCGGCUCUGUUUGUUACAACCGUCAUCCUGCUCGCAGCUUUGAGAAAGGAGGAAGAGCUGAAAAUGAUCCCGUGGCUCUUCUGCAUGCUGGGAUUCAUCGGAUGGCGGCUCUUCGCUACUAUGUACGCAUCGGUGGUGAAUGACAUGAUAUUUUCGUACCACCGAACCAUGUGUGUGCUCUGGGUCUUGUUCAUCCUGGCCAGUGCGGUGGGCUGGAUCGUGGUCUACUCCCAGCACAUGGAUCUCAGAGAUCUGACGAGAUUGGAGGAUGUUGCGAAGCUUAAGAGGAGCACAAUCAGCUCACUGAAUACCUCCUACGCGAAUCAGUCCAUAUCACUGAGCAUUGCUGGUUCGGUGCCGAGUUCCAGGCCGAUCACACCAAGGGAUGUGACACCGCAAACGUCACAGCCUCCAGCACAUAACGUUUCUAUGUCCACAGACAUAAUGUGAGACAAUCGAAAAGGAUCAAGUUCUGUGUCAGCGAGUUCAUAGCGUCCAAAUUUUACAUCAGUGUGUUACUGUAUGGUAGUGAGUGUAUGGCUGAAUCCAGCAGCCCCGUCAUUUUGAGGUGAAACUACGCCGUCCAAGCGACAUUUUAUAUGUUAUUGUAUUUUAAGAGGAUUUUAUUGACUUUUUUUGAGUGGAGAGCAUUCCACGAAAGUGCGCGGAGAACUCAUUGCUUCCGAUCGGGAUUUUUAAUGGCCUGUUGUUUUUUCUGUGACUCAAUGACGUAACCGCGGAUCUUUCUGGAUUUUUAUCUUUUUUUUCUACGUGGCAUUUGUUUUACUGAUGAGCGAUGAGUUCUGCCGGGCAAAAAGACAUUUUUUUGCACCAGCUUGUUUGCAGAGGUUGUUACAAGUGUUCUCAUGGAACGUUUUGUACCUUGUUGCUGGAUAAAGAAUAUUAUUCUUUACUCUGAGUAAAACGAUGCACAGUUUGCUAACGCGU